ACACGCUCCACGUGCAUUUGUGUCAUCUCCAGAGAGGCUUUUUGUGACAGAGACUGAAAGAAUGAAUUCGGCGAAUGUGAGCAUGCUCGGGUGGUUGAAAGCCGCACAGGCGCGCGCCGCACACCAGCGGUGCCAGGGCUUCAAAUCAGAACAAAUGGCUGUCAAAAUAGAGUCGAGUCAGGACUCGGGAAUAAAGUUUGGGACACUCCUAAAAUCCUGGACGACUGGCCUGAUUACUUGCAGGCAGCCCUCGCGGUCCACCAGGCCCUCGUAGUCCACCAGUCGACAUUCGCAAUCCAGUAAGCUCUCGCAUUCUAGGUACUCGGAGUCCACAAGGCGCUUGGAGUCCACCAAGUACUCGGAGUCCAGGCGCUCGCAGUCCCAGCGGCGGGAAUGCGCGGCGGGUUCUCGAAGCCGGAGUCGAAGACAGCCGGGACAACUUAGGUUACCACAGAGGGGGCAUGUCCUCGCUGCGCCAGCGGCAUCACGUCGUGCGCUGCGUGGACGUGCUCAUCUACUACAGCAUCGUGGUCAGCACGUUCCUGCUGUACUCGGUCGGCUUCAUCGCCUACAAGCUGGACGAAGACCCGGAGGAAGUGAAGGAGUUCUACCGCACCAUGACCACCUCGGCGUCGCACACCGUCUUCACGCUCGAGGGCACCAGACAUCUGCACGAUAGAGCCGACGAAGCGGCCACCGAAAGGAGCAACGAUGUCGCCAGCGAUGACACACGAAGCCAAGAACUUCUGACGUCCACCGACACGGUCCCCGAUGCGAACGAAGUUGAACAGCGGCAGCGUUACACAGCGGUACCACCUCGCACACCCAAGGUGGGAUCGACAUCGCGCACGCCCAGCCCUCAUUCCCAAGCGUCCCCUGGCGACUCCUUGCCGUACAUAUACGAGAGCCAAAACAAGCCGGACGACAGCUUCGUGCACCUGCUGCAGGUUGUCGCCGCCAGUGAGAACAGGAAGCGCGCGUCUCGAGACGGGGCCACCCCAGCCAGGGGCGUCGGUGCUAACACCACGACGGUGCCGUUCCUGACCUUUCCGGGAUUGUCACAGUGGUAACGACGACCACUUGCAACUAUACUUCAGAAUCACUGCGGACCGGAAGAUAUGAAGUUGGUUUUUUUUUUUUUAAUGUGUGCUAUUACUCUUAAAUUACGACAACCUUUCAAAAGAUGCACAUUUUCAAAUGUUCAUUAAAAGAACGGCGCGCUUUGCCUUCAUAAAUAAAGUCAGUAUCCGGACAAAGUUCGGGCGUUUAUUCUGAACUUUUAUUUUUCCGUUAGAUGUAAAUUUGACAUUGAUGGAGUAGAAGAAAGCAACCGUAAGCGCGGAACCUUUUCUUCGUGUUUAUACGAAAAUAAAAACGAAAGUCUCUCCAUGCACACGUGGAUUUCAACACGACUUCAAAGGUGUCUCACAAAAAUAAAAAGUCAUGAUCCAUUCCACUCUGUGAAGUUGGAUGACCAGCGAAGCCGGUUAGCGAACGACACAGAGGUGACACAGAAUUUUGAACAAACGUACGAAUAUAUUGCCCUGAUCUGUGGUCAUAGUGACGAUAUAGGUUUACAAGCACACACAUUCGAGUAUCACAUCCGUCACGUAAGACAAUGAAUGGCUCAUACACCCUUAAGGAAUGGCUCAUACCGCCAU